AAACGUAAAGCGGCCGUGUUAAGCGAGGGGGCAGGCAUUUGUUUAGAAGAAAACAAAACCAAAACGGAGUUUGGGAUUUAGUGCUGAGUUAUGGUAUAUAAUCAAUCGAAGCUGAGUUGAUUAUGAAAUUGAAACUGUUGAUGCUCCUAAACCCUCUUGAAAAUGGCAACAACAUCAUCAAUUUCGACUCCGCAAUUUCACUCUUUCUCUAUCCAGCCGCCGUCAUCGUUAUGGGCAUCAAAACACCGGUUUUCUCCGAAUGUAGUGAAACUCAGGAGGGAUUUUGUCUUGUCUUUUUCACUACCCAAUUGCAAUCGAGUUUUGUUAAUUAAUCCAAAGUUUCGAUUUAGAGCUGCAAUUAAUAAUGAUAAUGAUAAUUCGGCGAAUCCCGAAGACGAAGAGGUCGAGGAACAAUGUAUUCAAGACAAGGGAAAAACAGUGGUCAACAAGAGUGAGAGUGAGAGUGGGACCUCUGCACUACUGGAUUGGAAAAAAGACCCAAUUUCCAAAUUUCAGGGAAUGAUUACCACUCUCCCUCCUUUUGUUUUUGUGAUGAAAAGAGGUGCUGGAAGCAAUUUUGUAAUAUGGCUAUGUAUUGCUACUGCAUUUUUGGUUGUUUCUGUGAGAGUAUACAUGGUUAGGAAGUCAAGGCCAAGCCGUCCUGGCUCUGUAGCUGAUCUUGUUAGACGUGGCCAGCUGAGAUCGGAUAGAAGAGGCAUAUCAAGUCCUCUCAAAUAUGAGGAUCCAUUCAAUAAUCCAUUGGUUAAAGUUGGCAAGAGCAAUUCAACCAUUGAGAUAUUUGGAAAGGUUUAUCUCUUAGCCCCAGUUACUCUAACGGAAGAGCAACAAGCCAUCCAUCAGAGAAGGAGAUCGCGAGCAUACCAGUGGAAAAGACCAACCAUUUUCCUUAAAGAAGGGGAUCCAGUACCUCCUGAUGUUGACCCUGACACAGUCAGAUGGAUUCCUACAAAUCAUCCUUUUGCAACUACUGCUAGUGACAUUGACGAAGACUUGGCUCAAAACAAUGUAUAUCAAAAGCAUGGUGUUCCAUUCCGUAUAAAAGCUGAGCAUGAGGCACUACAAAGAAAACUAGAAGCACUACAAAAUGAGCAAAAACUCAAUAAAUUAGUCAUUGACACCGGAAAUGCUAAAGAAUUUGAGAGACCAUUCAGGUUUAAUCCAAAGUCAAAUGAGCUUGUCGAACAGAACCCCUUUAAAAGUCAAUCUGGCGAUUCUAAGCCUUCGCAAUCAGAUCGUGCCCCAAAUCCUUUUAACAGCAGUUCAUCCUCAGAGGAAAUGCAGAAGCCCUAAACUACUCAAUAUUAAUAUCAUUUGUCAAAUAUGUUUAUUCUGCCACAUACGAUGGAUUUUUUUAGUCUUACCAUACAGAUCUGGAUAUUUGCUUGAAAUUGCCAGUGAAAUUUUGAUGUCAAUUUACUGUAGUCCAGUUUGUUGUAAAAAACUUAGGUUGGGCUGUGAAUAGACCGGUAGGUCUGCAACCGACUUUAUUUUGUU